AACAAACAAAUCGAAAAUAUCGAAAAAACAUUUAAAUUUAAUUUUGAGUUUACGCGUAACAAUAUAAAAACAUACAAAUUUGUUGUAUUUUCAAUAAAAAUAAAGAAAACCCAAAAGUAAUAAAUAUUACAACUUACCAAAACACAACACUGAACAUGUCGGAAUCAAUUUGUUACAAAUGUAAGGAAGUGAUUACACAUCGCAUUAUAACUGCAUUGGGUAAAACAUGGCACCCACAACAUUUUUCCUGCAAAGAUUGUCAGUUACCUAUUGAGGAGGCUACAUUUAAUAUACAAGAUGGUGAACCUGUAUGCUCAAAGUGUUUUAUGCAUAACUAUUCCGGAACAUGUCAUGCCUGUAAAAAACCGAUUUUAGAGCGAACAAUUAAGGCUCUGGGACUAACGUGGCACGAAGAUUGUUUCAGCUGUGGAGGAGCUUGCAACAAGCCUUUGGUAGGCUCUUCUUUCUAUGAACGAGAUGGAAAGGCAUACUGUAAAAAUGACUUUGAAGAAUUGUUUGCCGCCAGAUGUGCAGGUUGCGCAAAGCCCAUUACCGAAAAUGCAAUUGUUGCUUUAGACGCCAAAUGGCACAGAGAUUGUUUUAAAUGCAAGAAAUGUGCAAACCCUAUAACAGCAUCAACAUUUGCCGUCGAAGAAAAUAAACCAGUGUGCACAGAAUGUUCUGCCUAGAGAACCUGAAACUGCUGCUGCUAAAAUAAUUUUUAAUUUAAUAAUUUAGUAAAAACAUGAUUUCUCGUAAAUAUUUGAAUUGUACGUACCUAUGCAUAUAAAAAUGUUCACAUGAAGAGAAAUUAACAGAAAUUGUAACAUUUACACCCAUAUUCAUACACAUUUUUUAAAUGUAUAAAGUUUUAUAAAUCAAAAUUUUCAUACAAAAUUAGGUUUAUAAACCUUUGAAAAAUUUAAAAACUUUAUAAAUAUGAGUGUUAACACUUAUACUACUCAUAAAAUUGCACAGAUUUUGAAGUACAUACACAUAUCUAUGUAGAACAUUUUAUUACUUCACAUUAAUGACUUUAUCUAUCAUACCACCAAAUUUUCAAACAAAUCUUUUAAGUACAUAUCAGUAUGUAUGUAUGUACAUAUCGCACUCUUUCAACAAUACUGUAUUAACUCAAAAUUUUAAAAUUUUCUGUAGAGGGAAAAAACUGUUUGUGGUUACAUUUUAAGAGAAUAUGAAAAUCCGAAUACAUCAUAGUAAGUAAAUUCCAUUUGAAAAUAUAUUUACAUUGUUUUUCUUUAAAAAUUUUGCAAUUAUUGCAAAAUAAAUCUAUUUUUUGAGUUAAUACCAUUUUUCUGAAACUUCUCGAUAUUUGUUUGUAUUAUUUUAUCAACAAAACAGUAUUAACUCAAAAUACAACCAAAUUUAAAUAAAACAAUUAUUUUUAACUUGAAUGAAGGCUCAAUUCAAAAUAAUGUUUUUUUAUGAAAAUAUACGAUGUAUUUCUAUUUAAUUUAAAAAUAAUACCUUUUUGUUGAUACAAAGGUAGUCACUAAUUAUCACGAAAAUGGUCUCAAAUGUGGUUUUCGAGAUGUAAGAGUAAUCGGAAUACGUUGAUAGAUAUUGAUGUUGUUAGUUGAUUUCUUGCAAAAAGUGAAAUUUCAAAAAUUUUGAGUUAAAACAGUAUUGUUGAACGAGUGCGAUAUGUACAUUAAACAAAUUACGUAGAAUUGGAUAUGCUUAAAUCGUAACACAUUUAAUGCUCAUUUGCUUUAUACUCUUGUAUUUAAAACUUAAUGAUGAAUUAGAAUAAUAAUAAAUAAUUUAAAUAAUUUAACAUUCCAAAA